AUGACCUCAGUUCGUCUUGACGUUUGGUCAAGUGACGAUUUUGACGAUAGUCGUAAUCGUUUUGUUGGAAAUUCUUUUUCAGAAAUGGAUAAUUUAAAACGCAGACACACUACUACGACACAAACACAAGGGUAUGAACCUGUUUCUUUCGAACCUGACAUCGAUUAUGCUAAAACUCAAAAACCACAACGUUCACCCUCUACUAAGUUUGCAUCACAUUAUCUCAAACAAGAAUUCUAUUUCGAUGUACAUCCACCUCUCGGUAAAAUGAUCGUUGCGUUGGCGGGGUUGAUCGCCGGUUAUGAUGGUUAUUUCGACUUUACAUCUGGAUCAAAAUAUCCUGAUAAUGUAAAUUAUGUCGUAAUGAGAAUCUUCUUGGCUUCGUUUGGUGCAUGGAUGGUUCCUUUGGCUUAUUUUACAGCCAUCGAAUUGGAUUUUUCACAACAUGCAGUCUUUUUAGUGGCCUUGAUGAUACCACAUACAUUUGCAUCAGUCGUUUCAUUCUUUUGGACGCGAUGCUGUUAUUCUUUACUUUCACGACUGUUUUCUGUAUGUGUCAAGUGGAUCGGAUUAUUUGUAACAGCAUUGGUUGGAUUAUAUACUAUCGAAGAUCUUUGGGAUAAAUUUGGGGAUUUAAGCAUGCCAAAGUUACUUUAUUUACAACAUUGGAUAGCAAGAAUUAUCUGUUUAAUAAUUCUUCCGAUUUUGAUUUAUAUGUUGAGCUUUGUGAUUCAUUUUGCAAUUCUUACUCAUAGUGGGCCGGGAGAUGCCCAAAUGAGUUCUCUCUUUCAGGCUGGGCUCAUCGGAAAUACCUUUGUAGAGAAUCCUAUUGAAUUAGCAUAUGGAUCAAAGAUUACAAUUAAGAAUAUGGGAUUUGGUGGUGGUCUUUUACAUUCCCAUGUUCAGGCAUAUCCGGUAGGAUCAGAGCAGCAACAAGUAACUUGUUAUCAUCAUAAUGAUGUUAACAACGAUUGGUUUGUUAAAAAAACGAGAGAAGCUCCAAUUAGCGAUAAUGAAAAUGAGGUUGAAUUUGUGCAUGAUAAAGAUACGAUUAGAUUAUUACAUGCUCAAACUGGAAGAAAUUUACAUAGUCAUCAAGUUGCUUCUCCAGUAACGAAAUCACAGUGGGAAGUUAGUGGUUACGGUAAUGAUACAAUUGGGGAUCUAAAUGAUUAUUGGGUGGUUGAAGUUGUAGAUGAUAUGUAUACAAAGACGGAUCGUAUUAGAUCAUUAACAACACGUAUGAGAUUUCGUCAUAAACAUCUCGGAUGUUAUCUUCGGGCUGCCAAUGCGAUAUUACCACAAUGGGGGUUUAAGCAGGUCGAAGUGACUUGCGAUAAACAAAAUAAUCCAAAGGAUUUACACACUUAUUGGAAUAUAGAGCGACAUUGGAAUGAUUUGCUGCCAAGCGGAGGUAGAGCUUAUUAUAAGUCGAAUUUUUUAAACGAUUUCUGGCAUUUAAAUGUUGCCAUGUAUACAACGAAUAAUGCACUUGUUCCCGAUCCUGAUAAAGAAGAUAUUCUUGCAUCUACACCAGGACAAUGGCCAUUAUUAAAGGUUGGGUUAAGGAUGUGUAGUUGGGCAGAUGACGUAGUUAAAUUUUAUUUACUUGGAAAUCCAGUGGUAUGGUGGUCCGGUACAGCAUCCUUAAUUAUAUUCGUAUUUAUAUUACUUUGGUAUUUAGCAAGAAAACAGAGAGGAUAUAAGGAUUUUUCACCAGCUCAAUGGACACAUUUCUUAUUCGUCGGAAAAGUAUGUGCAAUAGGCUGGUUAUUACAUUAUUUGCCAUUUUGGAUAAUGGGAAGGGUUACAUAUUUACAUCAUUAUUUCCCAGCAUUAUAUUUUUCAAUAUUAAUGGCAGCAUUUGUGACGGAUCAUUUAACUAGUUCUUACAUAGCAUUUGGUAUAGAUUAUCCUGCUAGUGAACUUAAAGGUAGGAAAUGGUUUGAAACUUGGAAUAUUGUAGAUUAA